AAUUGUUAAAUUUGCAACGAAAUUGUUGCCUUCGAUUCCACUCGUUAACAUAUUGCCCCUAGAAUAUGCAAAACAUCACCUUUUCCUUUUGUUUUUUACAUUAACUUACUUGCACAAUUGUGACUUUUCAAUUUAGUUGUUUGCGUAAAUUCAAUAAAUUCGCCGGUUUUCUUGCCAAACAUAAAACCAAGAAAUCGACUAAAAUGGAUAACCCACAUCUUGAAAUAUUUACUUGGUUUCCUUUUAAUUCUUGGAAACCUCCAGCGAUCGUUUUAUUCUUAUACAUUUGGUUUGUUUUGAAAGCUGGGCCGCAUUUUAUGAGAAAUCGAAAACCGUUUGAUCUACAAAGAGUUAUUAUGAUAUAUAACUUGUCAUUAGUUUUAUUGAAUUUAUGUAACGUAUUUAUGGGGUACAAAAUUUUAAGCACAUUUAGCUUAAAAUGCCAACCAACUGACUUUUCUAAUAGCCCCACCGCACGUUUAACAUGGAAGAUGAGUUGGCUUGUUUACUGCUUGAAAUAUAUUGAUCUCCUUGACACUAUAUUUUUUAUACUAAGGAAGAAAAACAAUCAAGUAACACCUUUCCACGUUUUUCACCAUUUUAUAGCUCCAAUUUAUACUGGCAUAAUCAUUUAUAAUCAACCAGGUGGACAAAGCAUGAUGAUAGGAUUUUUAAAUUCAGUCGUCCACGCUUUAAUGUACUUUUAUUAUUUCCUUGCUGGUUUAGGAGCACAAUAUCAAAAAUAUUUAUGGUGGAAAAAAUACUUAACGCAAAUUCAAAUCGUUCAAUUUGUUAUUAUAUUUGUGCAUUCAGCUCAAUUACAUUUUAUAGAAUGUAAUUACCCAAUGUGGUUGGUAAAUCUCAACAUGGCGGUUUCUAUAACGUUCUUAUAUCUCUUCGGUAAAUUUUAUUAUAAAACUUAUAUAAGAAGUAAUCUCAAAGAAUUACGCUAACAAAGAUGGUUUUUAAACAAAAGCUGUUUUAAAUAAAAUACUUUCUAAACAUA